CUGAAAUGGGAACUGUAUCUUUAAGGCGCUUUCUUACCACUGUCUGCUUUGUGUAGCCAGAGGGGAGAGUCACGCCAUCAGGACAUGCUUUAAUUCAGAAAAGUAUAUGUAAACAAAGAGGUAAGAAGCUUUCACCUCUGGAGCAAGAAUCGACUAUUUGGGCAGGUAAGUUUGAUUACUACUUCUAUGAUUCCUUGGUGUGCGUUCUUUACCAAGACAGAAAAAGUCCAUCCUUCUUUCUUCCCGGUUAGUUCAUGUUGAGAAAAGGUAUUUAUAGCUUUGGGUAGCCUAUUUGCCUCUCCAAAACACGAGGCUCGUUCAUAAACGCCGCCUGAAAAGUGUCCGACUUUUCAUACAAUGUAUCCAAAGUGUUUAAAUGUAGGAUAAAAUGUAACAUUCCUUCCUUAUGUGACCCUGAAGUCUUAGUGUUGCACUACUUCAAUGAUUAACAUGGUAUUAUUGAAUUAGACUACCGUAAUAGGUAUACAACGUUUGAACAUGGAUUUUAAAUAUAUUCCGAUUUUUAGAUGAAAGUGCGCAGCAACCUUUAUUAGAAUUGAGUUGCCAGCAAGCGGGAAACCAAUGUUUUUUUUGCAUUGCAAUGGGUCUGAUGACUUGUGGUUUGUGUAGAAAAGGAAUGAUGCUCCUUUGAAGCAAGCGGGCAAUUUACCAUAACAAUUGAAUCCAAGGGAUAGUUCCUUGACACGACUUUUCCUGUGUUUUAUUAGUAUGUUCAUUGUGUCCUGAUGACGUCUUGUGUUGAUGUUAUCUUAUUGAAUAAGGGGUACGUCCUAAGUUAUUGUCUGUCUCUGUUUUGUCGGUUCAGGUUACCGUUGUUUCGUGCGUGUCGGAAUGAAGUCUACUCAAAUCUUACUAUCCACUGCACUUAUUUUGCUUCUCUCGGGACUUUCCAUGACCACAGCUUGCAACAAGGCUCUCUGUGCCAGUGAUGUCAGCAAAUGUCUCAUUCAGGUAAGAAGGCUAACUCUUAGCAUAAUGUUUUUGAAAAGACAUAAUUCAGGUAAGAAGGCUAAGGCUUAGUAUGACGUUUUUGAAAAGGCAUUAGGUUUUUCUCACCAAUAAAAUGUUUCUGUUUCUAAGUCACUUUGAGAUAAUUCUAUGCAAUUUCUAUAAGGGAUCGUUGUCUUUUCCGAGGAAUGUUCGACUGCCAUACAGUGUAUUAUGCCAACAUUUUAUUCCUUGGUGUUAAUCUAAGAUUGCAUUAACCUCCCACUAUGCAUUUCCUCAGUGUAUGUCUGAAGUCAUUUUACAAUAACCUGAAUUCUCUGCUGUGAUCAAAGUAUUCUCUCUGUACUGGAAAAGCACAUUAAACCAUGACAGUUCCUGUAAGCUAAAGAAAGCCCUGCUGAGAACCCUCAACUAACAGAGAGGGGAGUUACUAAAAAUGAAAACUUCUGAGUUGGCAGGGCUACAAUCAAGUGAAGGUUUUCAAUUUACAGCCGCACAGUGUCCUCAAAGGAUGUAUCCUAGUCUACCUUGGCUGUACAUGAGAUAGCCAAUGGAGAUAGAUAUGUGUACCUUCCGUGGUUACUGGUGCUGCCUUGCCUGGCUACCCAAACUCCUUGCUCCGGCCAAACGCUACGCCACAGACUUUAGUUUCUUCUCCACAAUGAGUCUGGAGUACUUCCCCAACGAUUUCUAGAACGCAAAACACAUUCUAACUGUUCCGAUUGGUCCCAGAAACCGAUGGGUUGGGCCAGAGCUAGAACACACGUGGGUAAAGCAGCGUUUAGAAAAUGUGUCAUUGGCUUUGAUACUCUGAGUGGUUAGAAAUUGUCCAAUCGCUGAUUACUUUGUUUUGUACAACACCCCUCAGAGUGAGGGGGCAGCGGAAUAAUUCAGUUUGAGUCGUCAGGCAAGGUGCUGCAACAACCACACUUGACUGUGGGCUCAGUUAGCGCCAUCCCUUUGCACAUCUGGAAUUUGACCUCUACUCUCCCUUUCAACUGCUCUGCCUGCCACACUGGAGGAGUCACAGAACAGGCAACUUGAGGUCGGCCCACAAACUCCGGUGGAAACCUCAAGCAUGCACAGUAAAACACACAAACACAGGCACGCACACACACAUCCUCCCCCUAGUGAUUUCUAAAUAGGGAUAGGAUAUGAUAUGGUUUAUUUUCUUGGCGUUGUAUCAACCAUGACGUGCUCGAUACACACCAAGAUAAAUAAACCCUCUUAUGUAGUUUUUGUCCUCCUCAUGUUACGACUGAAGUCUGACUGAGGCUACUGCAUUGUCUGAGUGUUUACACACAUGUGCACAACAUGAUAGAAGGAUUAUACCAGAUGUAUGCAAUUGCUGUUGCUGAAUUUCUCUCCUAUUUGUGCAUUAUCAGUCCUGCCGCGUACAUAAAAUGUGUCCAUGUUAUGGUUUCCAUUGUGUGUUUUGUGAUGUACAGGAGCUGUGUCAGUGCAGGCCCUCAGAUGGGAACUGCUCGUGCUGUAAGGAGUGUAUGCUCUGUCUGGGCACACUGUGGGAGGAAUGCUGCGACUGUGUGGGUAGGUGCCAUGGACUAGGUGCGGUGGUGAGCAUAUUGGAAAGAACCGGUGUCAGAUUAGAGGAGGUUAAUGAGGUGGCAGAAUGGAUGGGGUUAAUGAGGUGGUAGAAUGGAUGGGGUUAAUGAGGUGGCAGAAUGGAUGGGGUUAAUGAGGUGUCAGACUGGAUGGGGUUAAUGAGGUGUCAGACUGGAUGGGGUUAAUGAGGUGUCAGACUGGAUGGGGUUAAUGAGGUGUCAGACUGGAUGGGGUUAAUUAGGUGUCAGACUGGAUGGGGUUAAUGAGGUGUCAGAAUGGAUGGGGUUAACGAGGUGUCAGACUGGAUGGGGUUAAUGAGGUGUCAGACUGGAUGGGGUUAAUGAGGUGUCAGACUGGAUGGGGUUAACAAGGUGUCAGACUGGAUGGGGUUAACGAGGUGUCAGACUGGAUGGGGUUAAUGAGGAUGGUAUUGCAUCCAUCAGAUCCUUCCACGUCAAUGUCCAUUAUUCACUGAUUGUUGAAAGUAUUGCAUCCAUCAGAUUUUACAAAGUGCAGUGAAUAUUGAGUAUCAAAUGAACAAAGAGAAGAAUAGUGGUUUACUGUAAUGUUGUAUUUAUUUGCCAUUGAUCAAUAUUUACUAACUUGCUUCCUGCCUCCCCUCACAGGGAUGUGUAACCCCAGGAACUACAGCGACACUCCGGCUACCUCCAAGAGCACGGUGGAGGAACUCUACCGACCCAUCCCCUCACUGUUCCGCGCCCUCACCGAGGGUGAAGCGCCCAUCAACAUGAUGGUGGUAUCCUUCCCAGUGGCAGAGGAACUAUCUUACCACGAGAACCUGGUGUCUUUUCUGGAGACCAUCGAGGACCAGCACCAAAAUGUCUCCCUGCCUGGGAACAGUAUCCACGCCAGCUACGAUAACACCCAAAGUACUGAAGGUAGGGAGGGGUGAGGGGGUUGAAUUAUGGGGAUACUAAUAGCUGUGGUGUACUCAUUUGAUAAUAAGAUAAUAAAUAAAACAUAGGCACAUCAUACAGUCUUGUGCAGGUGCCUGUUAUCAAAGUAUUAAACUUAGUUCAUCAGCAAAACAGACUCUGAAGAUUCCACAUUGCAAUAUACUAUUAUAUAUGAGUGUGUGUAUGUGUGUAUAUAUAUAUAUAUAUAUAUAUAUAUAUAUAUAUAUAUAUAUAUAUAUAUAUAAAAAACUGGGUGGGUUGUGCCCUGAAUGUCGAUUGGCUGAAAUCAUAUUUUUACUGUUCUAAUUACGUUGGUAACCAGUUUAUAAUAGCAAUAAGAUACCUCAGGUGUUUGUGGUAUAUGGCCAAUAUUCCACAGCUAAUGUUGCGUCAUGCCAUAUACCACACCUCCUCGGUCAUUAUUGCAUAUAUAUAUAGAUAUAGAUAUGGACUUGGUAUUUUACCAAAUAGGGAUAUCUUCUGUAUACCCCCCCUACCUUGUCACAACACAACUGAUUGGCCCAAACGCAUUAAGAAGGAAAGAAAUUUCACAAAUUAACUUUUAAGAAGGCACACCUGUUAAUUGAAAUGCAUUCCAGGUGACUCCCUCAUGAAGCUGGUUGAGAGGAUGCCAAGAGUGUGCAAAGCUGUCAUCAAGGCAAAGGGUGGCUAUUUGAAUAAUCUCAAAUAUAAAAUAGAUUUUGAUUUGUUUUAACAUUUCUUUGGUUACUACAUGAUUCCAUAUGUGUUAUUUCAUAGUUUUGAUGUCUUCACUAUUAUUCUACAAUGUAGAAAAUAGUAAAAAUAAAGAAAAACCCUUGAAUGAGUAGCUGUUCUUUGACCGGUAGUGUGUGUGUGUGUGUGUGUGUGUGUGUGUGUGUAUAUAUAUAUAUAUAUAUAUAUAUAUAUAUAUAUAUAUAUAUAUAUACAUACAGUGGGGGAAAAAAGUAUUUAGUCAGCCACCAAUUGUGCAAGUUCUCCCACUUAAAAAGAUGAGGCCUGUAAUUUUCAUCAUAGGUACACGUCAACUAUGACAGACAAAUUGAGAAAAAAAAAUCCAGAAAAUCACAUUGAAGGAUUUUUUAUGAAUUUAUUUGCAAAUUAUGGUGGAAAAUAAGUAUUUGGUCACCUACAAACAAGCAAGAUUUCUGGCUCUCACAGACCUGUAACUUCUUCUUUAAGAGACUCCUCUGUCCUCCACUCAUUACCUGUAUUAAUGGCACCUGUUUGAACUUGUUAUCAGUAUAAAAGACACCUGUCCACAACCUCAAACAGUCACACUCCAAACUCCACUAUGGCCAAGACCAAAGAGAUGUCAAAGGACACCAGAAACACAAUUGUAGACCUGCACCAGGCUGGGAAGACUGAAUCUGCAAUAGGUAAGCAGCUUGGUUUGAAGAAAUCAACUGUGGGAGCAAUUAUUAGGAAAUGGAAGACAUACAAGACCACUGAUAAUCUCCCUCGAUCUGGGGCUCCACGCAAGAUCUCACCCCGUGGGGUCAAAAUGAUCGAUCACAAGAACGGUGAGCAAAAAUCCCAGAACCACACGGGGGGACCUAGUGAAUGACCUGCAGAGAGCUGGGACCAAAGUAACAAAGCCUACCAUCAGUAACACACUACGCCGCCAGGGACUCAAAUCCUGUAGUGCCAGACGUGUCCCCCUGCUUAAGCCAGUACAUGUCCAGGCCCGUCUGAAGUUUGCUAGAGUGCAUUUGGAUGAUCCAGAAGAGGAUUGGGAGAAUGUCAUAUGGUCAGAUGAAACCAAAAUAUAACUUUUUGGUAAAAACUCAACUCGUCGUGUUUGGAGGACAAAGAAUGCUGAGUUGCAUCCAAAGAACACCAUACCUACUGUGAAGCAUGGGGGUGGAAACAUCAUGCUAUGGGGCUGUUUUUCUGCAAAGGGACCAGGACGACUGAUCCGUGUAAAGGAAAGAAUGAAUGGGGCCAUGUAUCGUGAGAUUUUGAGUGAAAACCUCCUUCCAUCAGCAAGGGCAUUGAAGAUGAAACGUGGCUGGGUCUUUCAGCAUGACAAUGAUCCCAAACACACCGCCCGGGCAACGAAGGAGUGGCUUCGUAAGAAGCAUUUCAAGGUCCUGGAGUGGCCUAGCCAGUCUCCAGAUCUCAACCCCAUAGAAAAUCUUUGGAGGGAGUUGAAAGUCCGUGUUGCCCAGCGACAGCCCCAAAACAUCACUGCUCUAGAGGAGAUCUGCAUGGAGGAAUGGGCCAAAAUACCAGCAACAGUGUGUGAAAACCUUGUGAAGACUUACAGAAAACUUUUGACUGUGUCAUUGCCAACAAAGGGUAUAUAACAAAGUAUUGAGAAACUUUUGUUAUUGACCAAAUACUUAUUUUCCACCAUAAUUUGCAAAUAAAUUCAUUAAAAAUCCUACAAUGUGAUUUUCUGGAUUUUUUUUCCUCAAUUUGUCUGUCAUAGUUGACGUGUAUCUAUGAUGAAAAUUACAGGCCUCUCUCAUCUUUUUAAGUGGGAGAACUUGCACAAUUGGUGGCUGACUAAAUACUUUUUUCCCCCACUGUAUACACACACACACACACACAGUGCAUUCGGAAAGUAUUCAGACCCCUUCCCUUUUUCCACAUUUUGUUACAUUACAGCCUUAUUCUAAAAUGGAUUAAAUAAAAAAAGUUCCUCAUCAAUCUACACACAAUAACCCAUAAUGACAAAGUGAAAACAGGUUUUUAGACAUUUUUGCUAAUUUAUAAAAAAUUAAAAACAGAAAUACCUUAUUUACGUAAGUCUUCAGACACUUUGCUAUGAGACUCGAAAUUGACCUCAGGUGCAUCCUGUUUCCAUUGAUCAUCCUUGAGAUGUUUCUACAACUUGAUUGGAGUCAACUUGUGGUAAAUUCAAUUGAUUGGACAUGAUUUAGAAAGGCACACACCUGUCUGCUAAAUGGCAUAUUAUUAUUAUUAUUAUUAUUAUAUAAGGUCCCACAGUUGACAGUGCAUGUCAGAGCAAAAACCAAGCCAUGAGGUCGAAGGAAUUGUCCGUAGAGCUCCGAAACAGGAUUGUGUCGAGGCACAGAUCUGGGGAAGGGUACCCAAAAAUGUCUGCAGCAUUGAAGGUCCCUAAGAACACAGUGGCCUCCAUCAUUCUUAAAUGGAAGAAGUUUGGAACCACCAAGUCUCUUCCUAGAGCUGGCCGCCCGGCCAAACUGAGCAAUCUGGGGAGAAGGGCCUUGGUCAGGGAUUUGACCAAGAACCCGAUGGUCACUCUGACAGAGCUCCAGAGUUCCUCUAUGGAGAUAGAACCUUCCAGAAGGACAACCAUCUCUGCAGCACUCCACCAAUCAGGCCUAUAUGGUAGAGUGGCAAGACAGAAGCAACUCCUCAGUAAAAGGCACACGACAGCCUGCUUGGAGUUUGCCAAAAGUCACCUAAAGACUCUCAGACCAUGAGAAAUAAGAUUCUUUGGUCUGAUGAAACCAAGAUUGAACUCUUUGGCCUGAAUGCCAAGCGUCACGUCUGGAGGAAACCUGGCACCAUCCCUACGGUGAAGCAUGGUGGUGGCAGCAUCAUGCUGUGGGGAUGUUUUUCAGACUAGUCAGGAUCGAGGGAAAGAUGAAUGGAGCAAAGUACAGAGAGAUCCUUGAUGAAAACCUGCUCCAGAGCGCUCAGGACCUCAGACUGGGUCAAAGGUUCACCUUCCAACAGGACAGCGACCCUAAGCACACAGCCAAGACAACACAGGAGUGGAUUCGGGACAAGUCUCUGAAUGUCCUUGAGUGGCCCAGCCAGAGCCCAGACUUGAACCCGAUCGAACAUCUCUGGAGAGACCUGAAAAUAGCUGUGAUGUGACGCUCCCCAUCCAACCUGACAGAGCUUGAGAGGAUCUGCAGAGAAGAAUGGGAGAAACUUCCCAAAUGCCAAGCUUGUAGCAUCAUACCCAAGAAGACUCGGCUAGAAUCGCUGCCAAAGGUGCUUCAACAAAGUACUGAGUAAAGGGUCUGAAUAUUUAUGUAAAUGUAAUAUCAGUUUUAUCAUUUUAUUAAAUGUGCAAGAAUUUCUAAAAACCUGUUUUUGCUUUGUCAUUAUUGGUUAUUGUGUGUAGAUUGACCUUUUUUUUAACUAAAUUUUAGAAUAAGGCAAAAUGUGGAAAAAUUCAAGGGGUCUGAAUACAUUCCGAAUGCACUGUGUAUAUAUAUAUAUAUAUAUAUCCCAUAACAAAUCAGGACAGCCCAAUUGGCUUUAGGGGUAUUAACCUGGGCAGAUUGGGCAACCCCAUAAGUGUUAAAGAUAUGGACUUUGUUCCAACACACUAUUUUAGGAACCCCCAGGAGUCAAUAACUCAUCCCCCUGGCAGGGACCAUAUUGUUUUAGGAGGGGGAGGGCUAAGCUAUAAUGAACUCAUGGCUAAUGCUGCUUUGAACUGAGCUCAGUGGCUCGACCCCCUCCAUAAAAGCUUAUGAGAUCUCAGGGCCUUCGCUUUCUUUUGAUGCUUUUAGCGGACCGCUAUUAGAAAACCAAGCAGCCCUGUAAAUUAUUAUGAGUAGAUUGCUGCUGGCCUGGUGGACUUUCAUGUGCAUCCGCUCCAGUUGUCCUCUCCUCAGCCCCUUGUCCUAGUGAUUCUAAUUGACUAGGAACCUGCGUGUCUGUGUGGGCGAGGGCUCCUUACGUAUCCGCUCUCUGAACCCUUGACCCAGAUCUGUUUUCCCUUUGGAAACACACACUCAUUAAUCAGGCCUCCAGCGGCGGGGGAUGCCCUCGCCUUAUGAGGUGGGAUGGGUGUGGGGCUGUAAAUCAAGCUGCACGCAUGCCAUCCUUUAGCGUAGUAUGGAUGAUGCAUGUGUAACAAGUGAUUAGGCUCUGCUAGGCUUUAGCUCAGCUGGCUAACACAGACUUGUGGCACAUAGGAGACCUGGGUUCAAACCCUGGUAGGUCACAUGGUAGAGGUGGACUUUUGUUUUAUGAAACAUUUAAAUAAAUACUGGGAUUGAUACAUAACAUAGUAGAGGUGGACUAACAGGACUUUGCUUCCUUUGUGCUUUAGAGUACCUUCAUAAUAUUAAAGUGAAGACUACAAUAUAUAGCUUAAGCAUGUUAUUGCUAAUAUUUGCCUGUUGUAUUCUUUGGUAUUCAAAGGCUUAUUUCUCCACGUUUUUUCCACUCCACAGAUAACAUGUGCACUGUGGUGUACUUUGACGACUGCGUGUCCAUCCGCCAGUGCAAGCAGUACUGCGAGUCCAUGGGCGGCUCCAAGUACCGCUGGUUCCACAAUGCCUGCUGUGAGUGCAUCGGCCCAGAGUGCCUCGACUACGGCAGCAAAGCCGUCAAGUGCAUGAACUGCCUGUUCUAAUGAAAGCCAAUGGGACAAGCCACGUUAGGGUACUGUGCUCAAACUGCCAAAAGGGGGCACUGUCUGCAAUAGCAGAUGGGAUGAGGUUGACUGAGGAAGAUAACUUGUGCCUCUGCCUUUUGUAAAAUGUUUCCAUAUUGUGAUGUAAAAUAUUAGCCCUUACUAAUUAUUUUUGCUCUUAAAUUUGUUUUUAUAUGUUAUAUAGAUUCUCUAGCAAUAAAUAUAUGGAUUGUUUUAUAUUUUCUCAUAUAGUUAAUGCUGAAAGGGUCACUAUGACAAAUAGUUUUUUUAUAGCCGCGUAAAGACAAGCAAUCAAUGUUAUCAAAUCUGUAGUGAAAUGGCAUUUUAUUUUUGUUGUAAUGGACAAUCAUAGUAAAUACAGUUUUUGUAUCAUCGUUAGCUAUAUAACAUACGCUACAUGGCCAAAUGUAUGUGGACACCUGCUC